AUGGACAAUCGUUCGCAAGACGAAAAUAAAAACCAGGCCAGCACGGCGGAGUGGGCCAAACAAACCUAUAACGAGCAGUACGAGAAAUGGGUGCCUUGGCUCGAGGACCAAUAUCUUCGCUGGUUUACUAAGGACAACAAGGCCAGCUAUUCCACUAAACAAAACCUCGACAAGACCAAAGUCACAGGGAUCGAACAAGUCGACACCCUCCAGGACGGCGUGAACGGCCUCGUCGCCGGCCAAGUCGGACAGGGCGGCCUCCUCCAGCCGGUCGGGGACUACGCCUCCAAGGAAGGCGUCAACCGCGCCGAGCGCCAGGGCAAGGACGAGCAGGGCCGCUACACCACGGGUGCCCAAGCCGCGCCUGGCGGGGAGGCCGUCGAGGAUGUGGUCAGCGGUGUGGCUGACGGUGGGAAAUCGGCUGGGGCGGCUGCUGCCGAGGGGGUGAAGAACGCCGGCGGCCUGGUGGGUGGGUUGUUGGGCGGGGGGAAGAAGGAAUAG